AUGGUCCUGGAGCUGUCCCCCGUAAACUCCGUGCUCUCUGGUCUGCGUCUCGGUCUGUUUAUUGGUAUAGCACCUUACACUGUAGGGUUUUUUGUGGCUCAAGCUACUCUUACUGAUGAGGUUAUAAUCACAACAAGAACAGCUGCGGAUACUUUUAGCACGCAGUAUGUCUUAGAUGGCAGCGGUCACAUCGUUUCCCAGAAACCUUCACAUUUUGGUCAAGGUACAACUGUCACGGCUUUAAAAUUGUUUAAGAAUCUACCUGUACGAAAGCAGUUUUACUCAACUGCUAAAAAAUGUAAAGAUGAACUGAAAAAAGUCCAAGAUCUCCUCACAUGCUAUGGUGUACUUAAGCCUGGAUUACGGGUCGUUUUUAUACACAACAGGGCGAUUAUUUGGCAGAAAACUAGAGUAUCUGAUCAUAAAGUGGCUCUCACCUCUGUUCUGGGGACAGCGGUCAUGAGCAACAUGGAGCCCUUUCAGUACAGCACUGAAGAAUCUCAGAUCUGUCUAAGUGGCUUUCUUCCAAAGCACAGUGCAGACCAUUCCUUCACCAGUCUUUCAACUCCAGAAAGGAGUUUCAUCUUCAUAAACGGUCGACCAGUCCACCACAAAGACAUAUUAAAGUUAAUCCGACAUCAUUAUAAUCUGAAAUGUCUGAAGGAAUCAACUCGUUUAUAUCCCAUUUUCUUUUUGAAAAUUGAUGUUCCUGCAGCAGACGUGGAUGUAAAUUUAACACCAGAUAAAAGUCAAAUAUUGUUACAGAAUAAGGAAGCUGUUUUAAUUGCUCUUGAAAGCCUCAUGAUGACUUGUUACGGAUCACUACCUGGUACAGAUUCUCAUGACAGUAAUAAAACAGAUGCUUUCUCAGCUGACACAGACACUCCCAAAACGGCAGAAACAGAUGUGCUUAUAAAUAAGGUGGACUCAUCUGGAAAUCAUUAUCCAAAUGUUGAGACUUCGGCCAUUCCUUCCCCAAAUGACGGGUGUAGUGGUAAUACUGGAAAAAGCACUAAUCGCUGUGUAAACCAUCAGAGACAGGACAACCAUUUUAGUUGUGACGAGUCUAACACUAGUAACACUAGGAAUACAUUUCAAGAAAUCUCGGCAGCUAACUCCCCACAUGAGGAUGCUCAGAAGGACUGCGGUCAGACACGUGUGGUAGAGCCUAGGAAGCACUCCCAAGCAGAAAAUGGCGGCCACAGUCUUGUGGAUGAGGGUGGGAAAAGUGAGGAAGAAAACGUUGCUGAGAAGUCUUUGGAAGUUUGUGCAGAUGACUGGAGCAAGGGAGACUUGUUUAAAAGUUCAACUGGAGAAAGCAUGGAGCCUGUGAAAAUCUUAGGGCCUCAUGAGAGUUCCGGGUGUAGAGUAGGCAGCAGUGAUCACCGCCUUCCAAGUCAGGAGCACCAGGAUCUCAGUGAAGGUCCUUGUAACAAAAAGCCAAACGUAAUAGAGACCAAAUCUGGACAAGUCACAGCUUAUGACUUAAUUAGCAAUCGAAUAAUCAGGAAGCCAAUGUCAGCAAGAGCCCUUUUUGUACAGGAUCACCGUGCUCAACUUCUCUCACAACACUCCAAGAUCAUCUUGGAGGAGGCUACACUAGAAGCUGAAGAACUGUGGAAGACGUUGAGUGAAGAGGAAACUCUGAAGUAUGAGGAGAAAGCUGCUAAAGAAUUGGAGAGAUAUAACGAGCAGGUCAAGAAAGCCACUGAGCAGAAGUCACAAGUACCUUUAAAAGAUAGCAGAAAAAAGAUAAAACCAACCAGUGCAUGGAAUUUGGCCCAAAAGCACAAGAUGAAAACUUCACUAUCUAAUCAGCCCAAACUCGAUGAACUCUUUGAGUCCCAACUUGAAAAGACACGGAAUCAAAACAUUAAAGUGGUCCAGAUCCCCUUUUCUAUGGACAACUUGAAAAAUAAUUUUGAGAAACAGAAAGCUGAAGAGGAAGAGAAGAAUGAUGCUUGCGUGGUUCACAGUCUCAAGUUUCCUGACGCUUGGCUAAUUACAUCUAAUAGAGAGGUGAUGUUAUUAAACCCCUACAGAGUGGAAGAAGCCCUUCUGUUUAAGAGACUUCUUGAGACUCAUAAACUUCCUGCAGAGGCACUGGCAAAGCCAAUUAUAUUAACAGAGAGUCUUUUUAAUGGACCUCAUUAUCUAGAGCUUUUGUGUGAGAUGGCAGCAGACGGCCCUAGAAACACUGGAUCAAUUUAUCUCUCAGAUCCUCGUCUUACAGCCAAUGGUUUCAGGAUAAAACUGAUACCAGGAGUUUCCAUUGCUGAAAACUACUUGGAAAUAGAAGGAAUGGCUAAUUGUCUCCCCUUCUACGGAGUGAUGGAUCUGAAAGAAAUUCUUAAUGCUAUAUUAAACAAAAAUGCCAAAGAAGUUUAUGAAUGUAGACCUCGCAAAGUCAUAAGUUACUUAGAGGGAGAGGCAGUACGUCUGUCCAGACAAUUACCCAUGUACUUAACUAAAGAGGACAUCCAGGACAUUAUCGACAGAAUGAAGCACCAGUUUAGAAAUGAAAUUAAAGCUUGUGUUCACGGUCGCCAAUUUCUUCAUCACCUAGCCCACCUUCCGGAAGUACCAUAAUUAAAUAUUGAGAGGAAAUCAUUAUGAAGUUAAUUUGGUUAUAAAAUAAUAUGGGUCAGCUUUUAAACCAUCUUUGUACUAUCAUGUGGUAUACAAUUGUGUUACAAGUGAGAACUCAUUAGCUUGUUUGUGUACUGAAAUUUUUUCAAAAGCGUAACUAAUAUAGGCCAUUUUAUUCUUAGAAAUAGCCUUCAUUAUAAUUAUAAGUUAUAAAUUCUGCAUUAAAAAUACUCAGUAUUCUUAAA